CUCUUUAAGAACAGCUCCUCCCUUUUGGCAAUAAUCCUUUCAAAUGUGGAUUCAGUAGAGCAUUCUCUUUCAAACUCCCUACAAGAUUCAGCCUGGACACUCAGAAUAAAGGAAGGUGAAGAAAAGGCAACCAUGGGCAAGCGAGUAGCCAUCGUGGGAGCCGGGGUCAGCGGCCUGGCCUCCAUCAGGAGCUGUCUGGAGGAAGGACUGGAGCCCACCUGCUUCGAGAGGAGCAGUGACAUCGGGGGCCUGUGGAAGUUCUCUGACUCUGCAGAAGAGGGCAGAGCUAGCAUUUACCAAUCAGUCUUCACCAACUCCUCCAAAGAGAUGAUGUGUUUUCCUGACUUCCCAUAUCCCGAUGACUUCCCCAACUUCAUGCACAACAGCAAGCUCCAGGAAUAUAUCACUACAUUUGCCAGAGAGAAGAACCUUCUAAAAUACAUACAAUUUGAGACGUUUGUAACCAGAAUAAGUAAACGUGCUGAUUUUUCAAUUACUGGCCAAUGGGAUGUUAUCACUGAAAAGGAUGGCCAAAAAGAAUCAUCUGUCUUUGAUGCUGUCAUGAUUUGUUCAGGGCAUCACGUAUACCCUAACCUACCAAAGGAGUCCUUUCCAGGAUUGAAUCGCUUUAAAGGCCAAUGCUUCCACAGCAGGGACUAUAAGGAACCAGGAAUAUGGAAGGGGAAGCGAGUCCUGGUGAUUGGCCUGGGAAACUCAGGCUGUGACAUUGCCACAGAACUCAGCCACACAGCUGAAAAGGUCAUCAUCAGCUCCAGAAGUGGAUCGUGGGUGAUGAGCCGGGUGUGGGAUGAUGGCUUGCCUUGGGACAUGAUGUGUAUCACUCGAUUUCAAACCUUUCUCAAGAACAACUUACCGACAGCCAUCUCUGACUGGUGGUACAUAAGGCAGAUGAAUGCAAGAUACAAACAUGAGAACUAUGGUUUGAUGCCGUUAAAUGGAGCCCUGAGGAAAGAGCCCGUGUUCAACGAUGAGCUCCCAGCCCGCAUUCUCUGUGGUACUGUGUCUAUAAAGCCUAAUGUGAAGGAGUUCACAGAGACAUCGGCUAUAUUUGAAGAUGGGACCGUGUUUGAGGCCAUUGACUGCGUUUUCUUUGCUACAGGCUAUAGUAAUGCCUACCCCUUUCUUGAUGAUUCCAUCUUCAAAAGCAGGAACAAUGAGGUUACCUUGUUUAAAGGCAUCUUCCCACCUCAACUAGAGAAGUCAACGAUGGCUGUGAUUGGCCUUGUUCAGUCUCUGGGGGCUGCCAUCCCCACAACUGACCUCCAGGCUCGCUGGGCAUCACAAGUAAUAAAAGGAACUUGUACUUUGCCUUCUAUGAAAGAUAUGAUGGAUGAUAUUGAUGAGAAAAUGGGGAAAAAACUCAAAUGGUUUGGCAAAAGUGAGACCAUACAGACAGACUACAUUGUAUAUAUGGAUGAGCUGGCCACCUUUAUUGGGGCAAAGCCCAACAUCCCAUGGCUCUUUCUCACAGAUCCCAAGUUGGCCACAGAAGUUUUCUUUGGCCCUUGCAGCCCCUACCAGUUUCGGCUGGUGGGCCCAGGGAAGUGGCCAGGAGCCAGACAUGCCAUCUUGACCCAGUGGGACCGGACAUUGAAACCCAUGACCACGCGAGUUGUUCAAGGGGUUUGGAAGCCUUGCUUGUUGUCAAAUUUACUCAAGUUCCUUGCUAUUCCUGUUCUAUUAAUUGCUCUUUUCCUGGUGUUGAACUAAGCAUUAUUCCCUCUAGGACUUCUGAGAGUUAUUGACCAUAAUCAGGCAGGAGCUUUGCUAUUAAAAAUGAUGAUUUCUAAACCUCCUACUGCCUCAAUUGAGAUCACUUGCCCCUACACCAUAGAUGUUGACCAGGGCAGCAGAGUUCUUUCUAGCCUUUUAAAGAAACUCCUUUAAGAGUCACAUGAUCUAACCUAAGCAUUAAUCACUUCUCUUUAGGUUCCACUAACACUUCAUAAUCAGAAUUGUGUUCUUUAUGUCUCAUUUAAAUCAUCUCCUGAAACAUUUAGACAUGAUGCUUUUUUUCCUUUAAACAAUGUUUGAAAUAUGCGCUUCAAGUCUAAAUAAAGUAGGCAGUGGGCAGAGUAUUUACGAUAUGAUAUUCUCAGGCCACCUUUGUAAAAUGAGUUUACCUAUUGUGGUUUUCCCUUGUGCAACAUGUUCCAGCAGUACCCUCUGUUCCCUCAGCUAGAGACAGUACAGACAACCUGGCCAGCACUGAAAAUACACAGGUCACUCACUUCACUAAUAUUCUCAACAAGGAAACAAAGUCACUUACAUGUAUCAGCAAAAUAACAGCAGCAUUAACCUGACCUUUGAUUUGGAUGGAAAGACAUUUGAAAAAUUCACUAUUAUCCAAAACUGUGCCAAAAAUUUAAUGUGACACUGCAAAUUAAACUUCUGAGGACACAGAAUAAAUCUAAACGUCUCCUUUUAAAAAUGAAUGUUGUUAUAUUUUAUUAUUAAGAGUUUGACAGUAAUGAUUUUAAAUGUAUAGAGCAGAUGAAAUAGACUGCCAGCCUCACUAGCCAGCAAAUGGUUGGGUGAGUCUUAAAAUAACUGUCUUCCCAGAAGUGAACCUGCUCCUCCAAAGGCAACUCUGCCCAUACUCAACCUGCACACAAUCCCAAAACCUAACCUUUCAUUCUAAUCUCUUCCCAAACAUCAAUGCCUUCAUUAUACCAAAGCUUUCAUUGUCGUUUCUGAAGAAAAGGAAAAAUCAAGGCAGGAUGGAUGGGCAAGUUAGAACAAUUUCAGCCAGCUCUGGAGCAUGGAGGCUGUCCCUCUUGUCUCACACCUGGCUAUCAAGUGAUUAAGGCCAAAGAGUUCCUUGCUGGGAGAACAAGAGCAUAACAAAAGCAAUGACUAGGACUGGGAAUGGGGCUUAGCAGUAGAGUGCUUGCCUAACAUGCACAAAACCCUGGGUUCAAUUCCUCAGCACCACAUAAGCAGAAGAGGCUGGAAGUGG